CGCACUUCGGCGGUGCGGCAGAGAGCACACGCGCGGGUAAAUAAACGCUGCGAACGCACGCGGUGUUUUCACGCGAGUUUUUGUGACAGACGCAUUUUAUACACGAGUGAGUACUAUUUUUUGUGGGGUGUAGUGGUUUGCAAAGCUGACCGUGGUUUUUGGAGAGUUUAAGUUCGGGACUUGAUCGGGAAGUUAAAGAAAAAUAACCAUGAAUUCCGGCUGGCUGGCAUGGGAGUGCAUAGUCUUCGGGGUGUUCAUAGCGGCCACCUCCUGCGUGCCUCUCUGGCAACGGCGGAGGGACGCGAGCGAAGCCGGGGGCAGCGCCAAGCGAGCGUACAUAUUCGCGGGCGGCGGCGUGUCAGUGAUCGCCAUGAUACUGUCCGUGGCUAGAGGGACACUUGGAGUCAGAUCCUUUCUUGGAUUCCCGUCGGAGCUGGUAUACCGAGGGUCGGCGAUGUGGGAGACGCUGUACGGCAUCAUCCUGGCCUUCCCAUUGGUCUGCUUCAUCUUCGUGCCGGUCUACUACCGGCUGCAUACCAACUCCGUUUAUGAGUACCUUCAGAUGCGUUUCAACUGCUCCUGGGUGCGUCGCCUAGCCGCCGCCACCUUCCUCAUCAGACAGCUCCUCAACCUGGCAGUCACAGUGUAUACGCCGACCGUGGCUCUCCACGCGGUCCUGGCACUGCCGCACUGGGCUUCAGCCGCUGUGCUUACAGCCGUGGCUAUCGUCUUCAACCUGCUAGGCGGGCUGGCUGCUGCUAUCAGGGCUGACGUGAUCCAGACGAUGACGAUGGUGAUCGUGAGCGGCGCCUUCAUCGUGCAGGCCACCGUCAAAGCAGGCGGGCCAGGGAAGGUGGUCAGCGACAAUAUUGACGGCGGCAGGCUGCAGUUCUUCAAGUUCACAGGUGACCCAACAGUCCGCGUGGACACCCUGUCCGCAAUCUUCGGCCAACUCUUCAUGUCGGUGUCCAUCUACGGCUGCCAGCAGACCUUCGUGCAGCGUUACUGCUCCAUGUCCAGCGAAGCCAGGGUUAGGAGGACUCUGUUGGCUAACGUCCCAGCUGUGGGCAUACUGUUCAGUCUAUCCUGGGUGGUGGGCAUGGCGUUAUAUGCUGUGUACAAGAACUGCGACCCUCUGAUGUCUGGAAGGAUCGCUGCACCCGAUGAAGUCCUGGCGUACUAUGUGGAAGACCAGUUUGCGUUCUUGCCUGGGAUGCUUGGGCUGUUCCUGGGCAGUCUCUUCAAUGGCGCUUUGAGCUUCCUGGUAUCAAACGUGAACUCCUUGGCUACUGUGACGUGGGAAGACUUCGUAUCGGCCGCGCCGCCCUUCAAGGGAAUCGCCGACAAGCAGCAGCUAACGGUCAUCAAAAUCAUUGGCGUUAUUUAUUCUAUCACCAUAAUGUGCUUAUCACUCUGCGUCGGCGUAGUCGGUGGAGUAGUAGAAGGCUCACUUCUAGUAACUUCUGCCACUUCUGGGGCCUUACUUGGGGUCUUUGUACUAGCUGCAUUAUGCCCUGUCGCGAAUGGCAAGGGAGCUUUAUGGGGAAUGGUGGCUUCACAUGUUAUAACUACAUGGAUGGCGGCGGGAAGACUACUGUAUGUGGACAAAACUGUUGCUAUGCUGCCUCUAUCUGUUGAGAGCUGUCCAAACAGCACAGCAAGCGUUUUCAACGUGAAGCCACUGCCCGUUGGAGUCAAUGAAACGCUCAUGCACAUCGCGCCUCUACUGCAGGCUUUGAACACCAGCCGCUCCCACGUCCACACGGAGUCUAUGAUCAACAGCAGCCUCCACGCCAUGUACUCCGUCUCCUACAUGUGGUACGCCGUCAUCGGCACGGUCACGUGCGUCGUCAUCGGCGUCAUUAUCGGCGUCAUCACCGCCAGCGAUGAUGACGCGUACGACGAGCGACUCCUCCACCCUAUGGUUGCCAGAUUAGCCAGGAAACUUCCAGGGAAACCCAGGAAAUUUACUAAUACUAGUGAGAAAGUAGAGAAGAUUCCAGAAGAGAAGGAAACAUCGGAAAAAACCGAUGAGACGAUAGCUGAAGAAGUUAAGCCGACGGUGUUUUCGACUAAUGCAAGUAGACUUUUCGAUGUGUAUGAGACGAGGCGGUCGCCGUCGCCGUUUCCAGAAAGGACUAGAUUGUAGUUUGUUAGUUUUUAGUUUUACUGUUGAAUAGUUAGUAUGAAAUGUGACGUCCACUUGCGUAACGUUAAAACUUAUAACUUAACUUAUUCCUUAAAAGGAAUUUAUUGAAAUAUGCCAUAAUGUUGGUAUACAAAAAAAACAUACAUACAGCCGAACAUAAUUAUAACCUCCUCCUUUUCUGAAGUCGGUUAAAAAAGGCUUCUAUGUAUGUUUUGUAAAUUAUUUUCAAUGUGAUAUAAACAUAAAAAAUUCUAAAACUUUGCUCAAUAUAAUAAAAUGGUGGAUAAGUUAGUUUGAAAUUACUCUGGAAGUUAAAGAUUUUAUAGCGAUUUUUAACUUAGUAAUUUAGCAUAAAAUUAUUAUCAAAGCAAAGUGAUUUUAGCAAGAACAUUAAUAUUUAUUUCAAAAAAGUUAAAAAACAUUUACCAGUACACAUGACGUCACAAAAUAGUAGAUUUAUGUCAAUGUCAUUUUGACAGAUCAUAAAAAUAAACAGUUGAUUAGUGCCUGAUAAAACAAUAGGCACUUGCCUCUUCAUUAUUUUUAAAUAUUAUUAUUUUAUAGGUUUUUGAAUGAUGACAAGAAUGAAAAGCUUAAAAGACAAGUACCUAGGUAUUAAAGUAGGUAUUCAAAGAGUUUAGUUAAUUAUAAAUAUGUAGCAAUAACUAAAAAAACAUUUAAGUUAUUGUAAAAGAAAAAUGUUUUUCAUGUUAUUCUUAAAUUCAGAUUAAUUUUGGUCUAUUUCUGAAAAUACUUUAGAAAUAAGUGUGAAAAUGAGUAAAAUAUUAUUAUAAGUAGCCUUGUGAUAAUAGUCUUAUAUUAUUAUAAUAAAUACUAUUUUUUUAAUAAUAAAAAUGUUAAUCUUUGUACAAAUCUUGUAAUUAAAUUACGUCAAAACAUAAGUGAAUUUUAAGUCUUGAAACAAUAUUUUUCAUAACGAUAAUGCUGCUUGAUAAUACAGGGUGUCUUAAAUUUUCUAAAAAUUAUAUUUGAUUUUACGUUUUUAUGCAUUUGAAUAAAUUUUCCUGGGGAAAAAUAUGUUACCUAUGGUUUCAUAUUAACACUCCUAUAAUUUAGUAUAGUUUUGAUGUUUGUUGUCUUCACCCUGGAUAGGUAUUUCAUAGAUAUCUCUUUGAUUUGUAUUAAAAAGUGUUAGAUGUAGAAUUAAUUAGAUAUUUAAAUAGUUUGAUUUGUUGUUGACUGAGAAUUUAAAGCGAGUGUGAUGCGAGUUGAAUCAAAAGAUUUUUUUAUAAUUAAAAUAAUUUAAUACAUUAUAAGCACUUUCUCAAGAAUAUAUUCAAGCCUGUGAUUUGCUAUGUAAGUACUUAUAUUUAUUGAAUUUACAUGUUCAACGAAUCACAGUUAGCUAUUUAGAAUCGAGUUUUAGAUAUUAAAGUGUGUCUCAAUUUUUAUAUUCGAUAUUGUUUUUAUAAGUGACUAAAAUGUUAUAAACAUUUACACCCUAUAUUAUCAUAUCGUGAUGUUUGCCAGUAUUAGAUAAUUUCGAAUAUUUAUUUUUAUUAGUUCUUUUUGCAAUCUCGAGCUGAUAUUUAGCUUAAUUCUGAGUUAAAACUAGUUUUAAUCCAGAUCUAAGCUAGUCUUCGAUUUUAAGGAAUUGUUUUGGCACUUUAGCACUUAAAAGUGUGAUCGAGUCAAAAGAGGUUAAUGACCGUUUUCACCAUCAAUCCCUAAUUUUUAAGUGACCCCUAUGGUAACAAUUACUAUGAAUUUUGUUUUCAUACGGAUCACUUAAAAUUUAGGGAUUCAUGGUGAAAACGUGCUUAUGUGAAUUAUAAUUUAUAAGAUUUUAAUAGACGAUGAUUCUCAUUUUGAGUGAAUAUGAAAAUACAAUAAAAGUAGGCAUGUUAAUAUAGUUUUAGUUACUGGUCAAUGCUAAACUCGUCGAAAGGUGAUACAUUACUAAAUAGUUACUUUAACAAUGUAUUUUUACCUAGCUUAGAAAUAAGACAAAACUUGGGAUAUAUUCUCAAGUAUUCUAUGAAAAAGCGUAGUUAUAUACAUGCUAUCAGCCAUAUUUCACGGUAUUCGUGUAAAUAGCGCCUGAAAUAUAUUUUUGUAACAAAUAAAUUACGUUUAGUGAAUUAAGUACAUGAUGUACUUAUUUAUUUUAUAAUAUUGUGUAAAUAAAACAAACGAAAUAAAUAUUAAAUGGUAAUAAAAUGUAUUAACUAUGUUUUAGUA